GAAAAUUUCAUUCUAUUUUAUUAAGAAAUUGGAGGAUACAAAUAAGAAAAAAACUUGUAUAAUUACCGUUUAAAAUGGGUAAUUGGAAAUUAGAAGUUGCCAGGAUGGCCAUGUAUACAAUAUUCCCAGUGGGACUAUUUUUCGUUUUCAACCAACCUGAAUACUUUGAAGAAUGGGUAACAAACAAGAAAAGGGAAAUAUUCCCUCCGGAAAAUAAACAACAUCGUGAGGAUAUUAAUAAGUUGAUUCAAGAUAUGAGAAAGAAACAACUUCAAUCCUUAAAAGUUGAUUAAACAGAUAUAUUUUUGGGCAGUUUAGGUUAAGUUGAUGUUAAAUUAAUAACGUUAUAUAAAUAAGUAGGUCGUGUGUAAAUAUUGUGUUAUUUUAUAAUAUAAAAAUAGUUUAUAAAUCA